AGAUGGAUGGAAGAUGGUCUUUAGAGGAACAUCUGGUAACGGCCGUAGCGUAUAUCAUGCUUGGGUUCACGGAAGUAAUACAACCCCGGACAAGCCUAUUUCCAUGAAGCGCACUAAUGGUUUACACUAUCGGGAUAUAAGUGUAAACCACUGGUCAAAUCUUGACAUCAAGCUGGUCAUAUUUGCUUUUUAUGACGCUGACAAAGAAGUGGCAUAUGUAAUCUUCAACGGUAAAGAUAGCGAUAUCAUCAACUGGUUUGAUAAGAGCCGUGUCAUUGACUCAAGCUGGCCAGACCUUACGUCUACUAGUGUUUACAAUAGAUUUUCUAUGGGAGGACAUUCAGAUGGGAAACAUACUGAUCGACGUUUCUAUAUCAAUAGACAAUUUGGUGGAUGCCCAAAUGACAAAGGUCAUUUUAUUGUAAUCAACUCUGUCGUACCUUCGCCAGCAUGUCUAUUUGACGAUCAUCCAUCUGUACCAGCAUUUAUAUAUUCAAAAUAUAAUUCGGUCGACUUCUUCCAGAGGAGAAUGUUUGGUAUUGCAGAUUUCAUGGCGAUUUUCAUAAAGAAUAGGGCGUAAAGUACUGUAGCAUAAAACAUGCUGUAAUUAUUAUUCUUUGUGCUAAAAAAAUAACUGUAAAAUAUUUAAAAGCAAAUAUAUAAUACAUGUAUAUUUAUCUCAGAAAAUUUAUUCGUCUUCAUAUAAAAUAUUCACAUAUAAUAUCUUCCUGGCGUUUUUGAACAUUAUGAUUAGACAUCAACUUUAUUUAUAUAUACAUGUACAUUGAUAAAAAAAUAAUACAGAAGCAAAUAAA